AAGAAAAAGCGAGAGACAAAUACAGAGAGAGAGAGAGAGAGAGAGAGAGAGAGGGAUGUGAUUACUAAAAUAUAGGGAUGUGAUUACUAAAAUAUAUGAUUUGGUGUCUUGUUGGGUUGAAGCCAUUCACACUGUUCUGGCCAUCACCAUCAUUGUCAACAUGUACAGCUUUACUCACUAAAACCAGUCUCUCUUUCUCUCUCUCUACCCACUCUCUAUCAUUGAUACCCCUCACAAAUCCUCCUAUCAUUGGCUGUCUUUGUCUUCUGAGUCUUCUGGGUUUGGUGGAAAAGUUCCAAAACAACACAGUUUUCAAUUCAAUGCUCAAAUCUCAAACUUUUGUUCUGUGAUCUCUUUCUUUGCGCUCUGUUCUCAUCUGGGUUUUGAAAAUUAUUUAUUCAAAAUGACUAUAGAGGAAAUUAGAGGACAUUUAAGGGAUGAGAGUGAUAAAUUUCCUGUGGGUAUGCGUGUUCUUGCCGUUGAUGAUGAUUUAACUUGUUUGAGGCUAUUGGAUGGUCUGCUUCGAAAAUGCCAGUACCACGUUACAACAACCAAUCAGGCAAAAAUGGCGUUGAAAAUGUUGAGGGAAAACAAAAACAGAUUUGAUCUGGUUAUCAGUGAUGUGCAUAUGCCGGAUAUGGAUGGGUUCAAGCUCCUGGAGCUUGUUGGCCUUGAAAUGGACCUGCCCGUCAUUAUGUUGUCGGCAAAUAGUGAUCCCAAACUUGUGAUGAAGGGGAUUACCCAUGGUGCUUGUGACUAUUUGGUGAAACCUGUUCGAAUUGAGGAGCUCAGGAACAUAUGGCAACAUGUAAUCAGGAGGAAGAAGUUCGAAUCCAAGAACCAAAACAAGUCAUCCACUCAAGACAUGGCUCACCAAGGAAAUGGAGAAGGUGGACAAGGAGGGCCCACAACCACUGGUAAUUCAGAUCAGAAUGGGAAGCUCAAUAGAAAGAGAAAGGAUGAGGAAGAGGAAGGUGAAGAAAAUGAGAAUGACAGCGAUGACCCAUCAUCUCAGAAGAAGCCUCGGGUUGUUUGGUCCAUAGAGCUCCACAGGAAGUUUGUUGCAGCAGUUAAUCAAUUGGGCAUUGAAAAAGCUGUUCCUAAAAGGAUUCUUGAUUUGAUGAAUGUUGAAGGGAUUACUAGGGAAAAUGUGGCGAGCCAUCUCCAGAAAUAUAGGCUUUACCUGAAACGGAUCAGUUCUGUGGCAACCCAGCAAGCAAACAUAGUCGCUGCAUUAGGGGGAAAAGAUUCUUCUUAUAUGCGCAUGAGUUUACUAGAUGGACUUGGAGAUUAUCGAACAUUGUCUGGAUCAGGGAGGCUUUCAAAUCCCGCCUUAUCAUCAUAUCAAACAGGUGGAAUGCUUGGUAGAUUGAAUAGCCCUUCUGGUAUGAGCCUCCGGAGCCUUUCUCCUUCCUCACUAAUCCAACCAAGUCAUACCCAAAACUUGGGCAACUCCAUUGCUAUCCUUGGGAAGCUCCAACCAGUUGUUUCAGCAGCAAAUCAAAAUUCCAGUUUAUUUCAAGGGAUUUCGACACCACUGGAACUUGACCAAUUGCAACAAAGUAAGUGCACUUCUUCCCACAUUACAGAGUUCAAUUCUGGCGAUGAUGCAACAUUUUUUACUUCUGCCGGGACCUUAUCAGAUAAUAGAGUUUCAGUUGGUAGCUCAAGAAACUCUCUCCCUGGUGCCUCGAGCAAUCCUUUGAUUCUACAUGGGAAUCCACAGCAAACACAAGGUGGGGGAGUAUUUAGUAAUCAAUCUGCUUUGAAAGUGAAUUCUUUGAAUUCAGAACCUUUUGAUGCUGGCCUCAGUGUUUCUAAUUUUCUUGACAAUGGUAGACGUAAUGAGAAUUGGCAGAGCACGAUUCACCUAUCGAAAUUUUCAUCUAAUGGUUUGCCACUGAGUGAACCUUUCAAUCAUAAUCAACUCCCUCCUAAUAACAUGAGAAACAAUAAUUCUUCAAUUACCCCUUGUAUUCAGAGCGAUUUUUCUUCUACCAACUCAAUUUCAGCACUCGUAGAGGAUUCAAGAGGAGAGAUUCAGUGCCAACAAGCAGGCUUGGCUGGUUAUGUUGUUCAACAUAGGAAUCAAGCAAUUGGCCAGAGGUGGGGAGAACAUAAACAGGAUUAUACCCAAAACCCAAAUAAUGUUUUCAGCACUUGGAACUCUAUCAUUCCUGCCAAUGGUGUUAUGGGCCCAUUAAGCCAGAGUUUGGAUCAAAAUAAUGGAUUCUGCAAUAGAAAGAUCGAUGCAUCCUCAGUCAGCCAAUCAAAUAGCAGGGCUUCAACUUUCCCGCAGUUCAGUGAGAUCGAGAAAUCAGCUAUGGACACAAAAAUGAGGUCCAAUGAAGACUAUAUUUUGGAGCAAACGAAGUCACAUGGAGGCUUUGUUCAUAAUGGUUAUGACUCCUUGGAUGAUCUAAUGAAUGCAAUGAUCAAGCGGGAACAAAAUGGAACUGGGUUAAUGGAUGGAGAAUUUGGAUUUGACGCUUACUCUUUUGGAUCGUGUUUAUGAGACUCUUGUUCACUGUUGAGAUUCCUAGAGAAGAGGGAGAGCCGUAACAACACAAGUCGUCUACUUACUGAGGAGUUUGUAUCAUAAUGUAAUUUCUUCCUCCUUUUUUCUCUUCUUUUCUUUUCUUUUUGUGUACACUCUUCAAUCCCUUGGACCGAAGUUUUUAUUUCAUGGUUGCAAUUACUGAUGCCAUGUUUGUUUUUCAUCGUAGUUCCUUCAUUCUCUCUCGGAGCCAUUUUUUCCUUUUGUCAUGGAUCAGUGGUAUGAGAAUUUCUCUACAGCUGGAGGAUUUUAUGCUGUUUUAGUUUAGAACCCUUUGGAUAAACAUGAAUUCAAGUUUCAUGAACUGGCAUUUGACAAAGCAUAUUUCACUUGAAAUCUCAUGUAGUUGCUGCUGCUUCCCAAUGGGUCUGCCACUCUCUCUUUUGUGUUUUUAAUUACGAUUUUACCAA